CCUUCCACUGCGAGGACCAACCACUGUUUCCAUUGUAAUAAAACCAACGCUUCAUCUACCAAGAGUAGCUGCAGCCACCGUGAAAAUAACAUACUCCAUUCAUUUAAUGAACAGCAGCAGAGCAGGAAGUGAAGCUACCACGAGGCCCCAUCUGUCACGUGACAUCCAGUGACUGUCCAGUGUUGGAGAUGCAUUCUGUCGAGCCUACACCACCCAGCCCUCUCGUCACAACGCUGUAUAUAUAUAUUAUAAUAUAUAGAUCCUCAAGACCGAGAAAACUGAAACGCUUAUCUCAGGCGCGACCUUUCAGCCGUGGAUUAGCCCACAGACGCCUCGUCGUCUAAGAGAGUUAUCGACCCAUUGGCGACUCUCACUAUAGUUCUUCCUUCGCGAAAGUUCUCUCAGGCCGCCUGCAGGACAAAUUGUGAAGACAGUCUUCUGCAGCUUCUUGUGAAGCUUCAUCGUUUUGCCUUUGAUGUUUGAAUAUUUUACGUUAAUCUUUUCCGUCAGACUUCUCUAUCCGCAUGUCUGGCAACACCACCGACGUCUGCGUGGAGAACUCACAAAGGUUUCCAGUUGUCGUUAUCGAAGCUGUCGUCGUCUUUGGCGUCAGCAUCGCGACUGUUGUCUUCAACUCUUCGCUGCUGUAUCUACUGCUGCACAAAAAUAUUCCCACAACCCCUGAGGCAGUCAUCUUUGGAAGCAUGGCCGUUUCUGACCUUCUGGUUGGAAUUUGCAGUCCUUUUAUUCUGUUCUAUAAAUAUGAAAUCUUCAAGAAAAAAAUGACAUUUUUCAUUAUCUUUGCCAACAUUGCAUGUACUGCAUCUGUGUUACACCUGCUGCUAGUCAGCGUGGAAAAAUAUAUAGUUCUUUUCUUUCCACUUCGCUACCAAAGAUUAAUUACGAAGAGGAACGUGGCCAUCUGCCUGGCGGCGGCUUGGGUCCUCUCGGCGUUCUCCUCGAUAGCAAUGGGCAUGACUUUCACGAGCUGCACCAGCCUCGAUCUCCUAACGCGCCACGCGGUCAUCGGCGCUUGCAUUAUCACUUUCUCCGUCCUCGCCGUCAUGUCAUACAUCUACAUCGCCGUCUUCCUUCUUUCCCGUCGACAUCGUCGCCAGAUUGCCGCCAACCGCUUGCAGCAGCAGCCGACGACGACGACGACAACGACGACGGCAGCUCCUACACUCCGUAGUCUGCGUGCUAAAAUGAAAACCGUUUUUUUCUCCGUCAUCUUCUGCGCAUGCGUCUUCCUCCUGUGGCUGCCUGCCCUGGUACAAGUGCUGUAUUCUAGCUACACUGGCGUGCCGGCCGACGUGACAGUGGCAGUCUUCUUGCGAGAGCUCUUCUUCAGUAAUUCUCUGGUGAACCCCAUCCUGUACGGCCUUUGGCAUCACGACGUCAGACGGGAAGUGAAAAGGCGGCUGCGACAGUUGUGCUGCAAGCAUUCGUCCUGCACGACCGCCACACCAAGCCACAUCCAUACAAGGUGGUAAUCAGACUCUGGGAUACGUCCCUUUGGCUCCUCGGGGUUCUCACUGUCCACUAGACAGUGAACAUCACACGUUCGCAGGGGAGCGUGACAAAUGAACUUCUUUAUAUGACAUGGAAUGUACAAGUCCUUUAAAUUCUACUUUUUAAUCACGUGGCUGUGACAGCAUUUCUUUGUGAGCCUUGAGAAAAAAUCUCUAA